GGACCGAAUAUUAACAGUAGAAUACCAGAAUAUAAAAAGUGACACAUUUUAUUUAUGAUUAUCGAUGUAAAAUGAAAACAUAAAAAGUUUGCCCUCCUCUACUUCAGAACCGCAUAUGAAACGCUUCAAUGACGCCUCAUUGAGAUACUGACAGCAGUGCAGUAAGCAAUACACCCGGCCGGGGUUUGCAUUAAAACGCGCUGAUGAGGCAAGAGAAAGGCAGGCAGCUCCUGACAUGUUUUUAUUUCAUAUCUGAGGGUGUUUGCAUAUUUCUCUUUUGAAGAAAACAAAACAACAAACCGGCUGCAUCAGGUUACGAUGUUUUUUUGUUUUGUUUUUUUGAAAUCUGGCAUCAGGAAAGUCUGUUCGUAUCAGCUAAUCAAAAAGAGCAAAAUAGCAGUUGUUGGAAACUAACAAAACGAACCUACUGUAUCAGCAAAACAAACCAAAUCCAGUAGUUAUGGAGAGGGAGGAGCAGGGAGUCUGAACAGCAACAAGCAUCAACAUGCAACACAACAGAACAGUGAGUGAGAGGAAGCACUGAGUGACCGAAAAAAAACACUGCAACCCAGCUCACAGGACAACACGGAUCAAAACACUGGAGCUAUCUUUCUAGGUCUAGGCGGUUAAUUUUGGGGGUUUGGGGUUGGGAAGAUGCAUCCGAGUCGGGCAGUGGUACAAGAUGGGAAUGCGAGCACAGUGGCACUGGGUUCGGGUAGCGUGUCCAGGCUGCCAGAACAGAGUAACAAAUUGCCGGCCAACAGUAGUCGGGACCCCGCGCGUCCUGAGUACCACCAGCAGCACUAUCGCUACCACGGCUCCACCCUCACGAGGGAUCCUGGUCAGCUGCAUCCAGAGCCGGCGCAGCUGCUCCACAGGGCGCUGGAGUUCAAGAGCCAGGGGACACAGUGCUACAAGGAGAAGAAAUACAAGGAAGCCAUUGGGAAGUACCACAGGGCGCUGCUGGACAUAAAAGCGCUACACACGCUGCUCGGGGACCAAGGUACCACGACGUGCCCGUCCUCAGCAGAGCCUCCGCCGGGGGGCACCCCGGGGCUGAGCGAGGAACAGCAGGAGAUGAUGGAGAACGCCGAGGUCGAGUGUUAUAACAGCCUGGCAGCCUGUCUGCUGCAGAUGGAGCUGGUGAACUACGAGAGAGUGAAGGAGUACUGUCUGAAGGUCCUCAGGAAGGAAGGGGGGAACUUCAAGGCUCUGUACCGCUCCGGAGUGGCCUACUACCACCUGGGGGACUACCACAAGGCCCUGCACUACCUCAAGGAGGCCCGGAAACAACAGCCCACAGAUACCAAUGUUAUCCGCUACAUCCAGCUGACGGAAAUGAAACUCCGUCGCUCCGCUCCACGGCAGGAGGAGGCCUUGUAAACAGAGCCUGUUGCUAUGGGAACACACUAGGAGCAGCGUCUGUGAACUCUGAAAGCUGCCUCAUCAACCAAUCACAACUCUGGACACUGAUUGGAUAUGUGCCUGCGGUUUCUAAUGGCUGAGGGGAAGUGGGCGGAACUGGGGCAGAGCUUGGUAUGUGGAGUUUUGGGGUUGUUUUGAGUCACUGUUAGUACUGUUUGUCGUUUGUUUACGUUAGUAACAAUUUAUCCACAUUCAUGUUCUUCCUUGCAAAAUUGUUUAGUUUUUUCACUACUCACACAGAGCUGUCCUACUCAAAAAUCAAUACAUUAAACUGCAGUGCAUUGCUUCUCACAAGCUGCCCAUCCACUAAUGGAAAACAACUUUGCUCUGGAGCACCAGACAGGGGUGUCAUUAACUUUUAAAACACAAGCUUUCAGCACUGCGGCAGGUGAACUCUGUUGAUUCAAUGAACUGAAGUUCUUUUCAUUUUUAAAAGCAUCUGUGUCCUCAUAGACAUGGUUACUCAUGUUUUAAUGCUUUGUGAACAGGACCCAUUGAUACAGGGCAGGCUCAUUAUCUUAUUGUAUAGCACUGCAGUAUAUCUUACAAUUGAGCUUUUAAACUUCUGGAUAAACUUCAACAGAAAAGCAUAGCCAAUACCAUACAAGCAUUGAGAAGAACAGUCAAUACCAUACAAGCACUGAGAAGAACAGUCAAUACCAUACAAGUCAUGAGAAACACAGUCAAUACCGUACAAGUCAUGAGAAACACAGUCAAUACUGUACAUGUCAUGAGAAACACGGUAAAUACUGUACAUGUCAUGAGAAACACAGUCAAUACUGUACAUGUCAUGAGAAACAGUCAGUACUGUACAUGUCAUGAGAAACAGUCAAUACUGUACAAGUCAUGAGAAACACAGUCAAUACUGUACAAGUCACGAGAAAGACGUCAAUACCAUACAAGUCAUGAGAAACACAGUCAAUACUGUACAUGUCAUGCCCAUGUUUGACUGGGACUUUUUAGCUCUGCACAGAAUGUUGUCACAGUAAAGACUGUAAGUAGUGUAAGUAGUUUCAAAUGUCAUUUUGAUUACUUUUUCAUGACUAUUUUUUGCAAUCAUUCUGUGUGGUUCUGGGUUCUGCUGCUCCCAUAUCAUGCAUAGUUAUUAUCAUUGUUCUCUAAAUCUGGUUUUGCGCUUGCCUGGAGAAUCCUCAUUCCAUUCAAACCAUGUGACCUUGCCUACUCUACAUAUUUAUGGACAGAGAGAUGUUAGGUGGAGCUGGCACAGCUGAAUGAUCAUUGUUUCUUGAUCUGAAUGGAAUGAGGAAAGCCUUUUCAGGGCUGUCACUUAAGGUUCUCCAGACAAGCUGAAUGCAGGUAAAGGCAAAUUAGAGACAAAUUAUAAUAGUGGUGCAGCAGUGCCCAGGAUCACUGAGAAUGAAUGCAAAAAUAAAAUCGCAAGCACGAUAUAAAAACUCAAUUAACAUGACAUUUGACGCUACCCUUCAAUAGAGUACAGCGAUGAUAUUCUGUCGACGUGCCGCAGUACCGCAGGGUGACUGGUGUGUGAAGAACAU